AUGGACGACGCUCGUGCUCCUCCCGAAAUGGCACAUCCCGGCACCGACAGCGCUCCCACAACUUCCUCUCCCUCCAUGACUACGGGCGGGAAUAAUGGCAAUGCGCAGCUGCCGCUGCGACCUGGUCACGAGCUUCCCUUUGUUGCCCCCUCGUCGUACCUCCGCCCAAAGCCAACCAGUCGCACAAUGUCCGAGAGGACUCCAACUGCUCUGGACAAGGACCAGAUGCAGGGUCUGCGGGGAAUCCGCGAGUUCCUGAAGGUCCGAACCAGCUACGAUGUGCUUCCGCUCUCCUUUCGCCUCGUCGUGCUCGACAACGACCUCCUGAUCAAGAAGAGCUUGAACAUCCUCAUUCAAAAUGGCAUCGUCUCGGCACCUCUUUGGGACUCGCGCAACUCGACGUUUGCCGGGUUGCUGACGAGUACCGACUACAUCAACGUGAUUCAGUACUACUGCCAGUUUCCAGAUGAAAUCGCCCAGGUCGACCAGUUUCGCCUCAGCAGUCUUAGAGAUAUUGAGAGGGCAAUCGGAGUUGUGCCGCUUGAGACAUUGUCAGUCCACCCCAUGCGGCCGCUAUACGAGGCCUGCCGGCGCAUGCUCAAAACCAGGGCAAGGAGGAUUCCGCUGGUCGAUGUCGAUGACGAGACGGGCCGCGAGAUGGUUGUCAGCGUCAUCACGCAAUAUCGCAUCCUGAAGUUCAUCGCCGUCAACAACGAGAAGCACACAAUGCUUCUCAAGAAGCCUGUGAGGGAGAUUGGCUUAGGCACCUACUCCAACCUGGCGACAGCGACCAUGACCAGUUCUGUCCUUGAAGCUAUCCACCUCAUGGUCAAACACAACAUCUCGGCGGUGCCAAUUGUCGACGAAGAAUACAAGGUGCUGAAUGUUUUCGAAGCCGUCGAUGUCAUCCCCUGCAUCAAAGGAGGCGCAUACGACGAGCUGACCUCAUCUGUUGGCGACGCCCUUUCGAAACGUGCUGAAGACUUUGCUGGAAUCUACACAUGUAACGAGGAUGACCGGCUCGACGCAAUAUUCGACACGAUCCGGAAGUCCCGAGUCCACAGGCUGAUCGUGGUCGACGACGAUAACCGUCUCAGGGGCAUCAUUUCACUCUCCGACAUCCUCAAAUACGUCCUGCUCUUUGGAGAAGAAGAUGACAGCAUCCGCGCCGCUUCCGCUUAG